AAGUACAGUACCAUGGCUCCCAAAGACAUCAUGACCAACUCCCAUGCCAAAUCCAUCCUCAAUGCCAUGAACGCACUUCGUAAGAACAACACACUCUGUGACAUCACUUUGAGAGUGGAGAAUACUGACUUUCCUGCACACCGCAUUGUCCUGGCAGCCUGCAGUGACUACUUCUGUGCCAUGUUCACCAGCGAGGUAACUGUAAGCACAAGACUGGAGAUAAUUUAGGCCUAGAUAGACACAUAUGAGAGAGCACUUCCACAAACGACCAAUGAUGACUGAUCAUCAGUGUCAUCAGCGAUAAUAACUUUAUAAAUACUUUUUGCUGGUGGUUCUCUCUGUAUGCAGAAAGAGACAGGUAAUAGUUGUUUGACUAGUUCAGAGGUUGACAAUGCCCAAAAUAGUGUCUACAUAUCCCUUGUGCUUAGAACCCAGCUAAGAUUUUUGUAGGCUAAAAUUAAACUGAUAUUCAUUUCCUUGAGCAAUAUGUCUUGCAGUGUAUCUGACUGCCAUCUGGUUAUUUAUAGCUUAAUAAAAAUGCUUUAAAAUAUAGGCCUACCUCAAAUAUUAGGCUAUUCUCAAACAAGAAAAAGCAAUGAAAGUGCAUAGCAGAACUAGUCCAAUGCUAAUUAUUUAUCUGUAGCUCGGUUGACCUAGUUUCUCUUUCCUUUAACAUUUUUAGCUCUCUAAGAAUCCCCAGGUGAGCAUUGCUCUUUUACUAACAAAGCUGACUAUAAUCCACAGCUGCCUACACAAGUAUGACAAAUAGUAAACACAAGAAAUCAGGAGGCCUAUGUUUUUUGCAAUGACUGGGGAGCGCUCUGUGUCUGGCAAGAGCGACUACUAACCAGUAAUUUAAGCUGAUGUGUCUGUCUUUGCUGUUGUGCUUUUGCAGUUGUCAGAGAAAGGGAAAUCCUUCGUAGACAUCCAGGGGUUGACUGCGUCCACCAUGGAGAUCCUGCUCGACUUUGUUUACACAGAGACGGUCUUGGUCACAGUGGAGAAUGUCCAGGAACUGCUUCCUGCAGCCUGUCUGCUGCAACUCAAAGGUAAGUUGAGAAAUCAAAAAAUAAUGAGAACCAUUGGACAGGGUGUACUAUAUGCACUUUACUGUACAUCCACUGUAUUUACUCUGUGGAAUAAACUACCAGUAUGUCAGUUAAAUCUAAAUCUGCUCCUUUGUAAAAGGAAAUGCACACCCAUCAGCUUCCCUUAUCAGGUUUGUGCAAUAUCACUGGCGAGAUUGUAUUGCUAAUUUGCUAAUAUAGUGGAAACAUUGUUCAUUUAUGUCAAGAAGUUUUUACUUGAGACAGACUAGCAAAUUAAAUACUUCAACAUUAUUUCACACAAAUUAACGUACUGCACUCACUUAAUAUGUGUAUAUGUUUCUUUGUAUUCCACAGGAGUAAAAAGAGCUUGUUGUGACUUUCUGGAUAGUCAGCUUGAUCCCACAAACUGCCUGGGCAUUCGGGACUUUGCUGAGACCCACAAUUGCCUUGACCUGAUGCAGGCCGCUGAACUCUUCUCCCAGAAGCACUUCCCUGAGGUGGUUCAACAUGAGGAGUUUAUGCUGCUUAGCCAGAACGAGGUUGAAAAACUAGUUAAAUGCGAUGAAAUCCAGGUAAGCAAAGUGGAUUUGUUGAGAUAUUAUUAAAUCAAUCCAAUUUAUUUAUAAAGCCCUUUUUAUAUCAGCAGAUGUAAAAAGGGCAGAUGUAAAAAGGACACUUUUUUUGAUUUGCGAUGUCACAAAGUGCUAUACAGAAACCCAGCCUAAAACCCCAAACAGCAAGCAAUGCAGAUGUAGAAGCACGGUGGCUAGGAAAAACUCCCAAGAAAGGCAGAAACCUAGAGAGGAACCAGGCUCUGAAGGGUGGCCAGUCCCCUUCUGGCUGUGCCAGGUGGAGAUUAUAACGGUACAUGGCCAUUAAGGCCAGAUUUUUCUCCAAGAUGUUCAAACGCUCAUAGAUGACCAGCAGGGUCAAAUAAAAUCACAGUGGUUGUAGAGGUUGCAACAGGUCAGUACAUCAGGAGUAAAUGUCACUUGGCUUUUCAUAGCCGGGCAUUUAGAGGUUGAAAUAGCAGGUGCGGUAGAGAGAGAGAGUUGAAAACAGCAGGUCUGGGACAAGGUAGCACGUCCAGUGAACAGGUCAGGGUUCCAUAGCCGUAGGCAGAAGAGUGGAAACUGGAGCAGCAGCACGACUUGUGUCGUAACGCUCUAAUUACGAUAGUAAUAAUCGUUGUUGUUACAUCGUAGGCCUACAUUAGGUAGCCUUUGUAAUUGCAUAUUAAUGGAGUUGUGUUUUUGUAAUUACAACUCAAUUUCUAUGCAAUUAAACUACAAUUACUUAAGUAGCCUCGCUACUGUUAUUUUACUGCUGCUCUUUAAUUAUUUUUUAUUUUAAUUUUUUACUUAACACUUAUUUUUCUUAAAACUGCAUUGUUGGUUAAGGCCUUGUAAGUAAGCAUUUCACUGUAAGGUCUACACCUGUUGUAUUCGGCGCAUGUGACAAAUAAGAUUUGAUUUGAUACUAAGUAACAUGUUAAUACAAUGUUACUAGUGUAAUUAUGGUGGUACUACACAGGUAUAAGAGCAACUUGAUGUAAAGUGUUACCAAAGUCGAAUAGUGUACUGAAUUUGUUUGUGAAUUAAGAGAGCACACAGUCAUGCUGCCUCAGGUGCAUGUCUGAUCUCUAUUCGGGGUCAUCUUUGAAUGCUCAGGGGGAUACUUUUCACAAGUCUCAAAUUGUCCUUCAAAAACCUGAAGUUGAAAGAAAAGGUGCAAGUGUAGACCUGCAGUAAUCUCCAUUAAUGGGGCCCCCAUUGCGGAUCUGGCUCUGAAAUUAUGGAGAAGAGAAUCUGAUUUAAGUAUGCCUUUGUGCUCUGGAAAUUCCUGUGUUUAACCGCACAGCGCAUAUCUUGCUGUAUAAAAACAUAAUUGUAACCAUGGGACUUGAUUUAUAGUUUACCAAUUAAUUCAAAGGAUUUUUGCUUGUCACGAUUUUCGUGAUCAAAAUGUGUGUAAUACAAAGUUAGUUAAGUCAGAGACACAAUUUUCAGUUAUUUUUGUAACCAUCUGCCCUAGUUGACUGUAUAUACAUCAUUAAUUAAAACUGUCACUUUGACUUGUUCCUCUUGAAGUGAAGUUGAUCUCAGUCAUUUGGAGUAAUCAGUGUGAUUGAGUGAAUGCAUGUUUGGCCUUGAGUAGUUAUACUUUGGGAUUACCAUUAUUACAACAAGCAUGUUUUGUUUUGUUGUCAAGGUGUGUGGUUGUGAAUACAUGUUGUCUCUGUUUGCAGGUGGACUCAGAGGAGCCUGUAUUCGAGGCAGUGUUGAAUUGGGUUAAACACAAUAGGAAAGAGAGGGAGCCGUAUUUAUCAGAGAUGCUGGAGCAUGUGCGGAUGCCUUUGCUCACUCCGCGCUAUAUCACAGAUGUCAUCGACUCAGAGGUGAGGCAGCUAGACCACACACUGUCACAUGAUAUAAUAAUAUAAUAUGCCAUUUAGCAGACACUUUUAUCCAAAGCGACUUACAGUCAUGCGUGCAUACAUUUUUGUGUAUGGGUGGUCCCGGGGAUCGAACCCACUACCUUGGCGUUUCAAGCGCCGUGCUCUACCAGCUGAGCUACAGAGGACCACAUGAUGUAAGCAGUUUUCUUGUCUUAGGCCUCCCUAUAAUGGGUUUGUGUUAAUACAUCAACAGCCAGUUUCCCGGACAUAAAUUAAGCAUAGUCCUGGGCUGAAAUCCACUUUCAAUGGAAAUUCUUCAUUGAGAAUGAUUUAUAGUGUGCUUCUGGGAAACAGGCCUCAAGUGUUGAGCAGAGGUGUUAUUACUGUCUUGAUAAAGUACUGUAUAUGUUGUGACGUGUUCCAGCCCCUCAUUCGAUGCAGUCUUCCCUGUCGAGACCUUGUGGAUGAGGCCAAGAAAUUCCACCUUAGACCAGAGCUGAGGAGUGAGAUGCAGGGUCCACGCACCCAAGCCAGAUUAGGUACAGUACUGUCCUCCCUUUUAUGGAGUGCUUUUCUUGUCCUAAUAAUAGGGAUACAAGACAAGCUUAGUGGAAGUUUCUACCUUAUUCAUGUGGAAAAAGUGAUUUCCAUGUUGCUCUUUCAAGGUGCCAAGGAGGUCCUGCUGGUUAUUGGAGGAUUCGGCAGUCAACAAUCCCCUAUAGAUAUCGUUGAGAAGUAUGAUCCUAAAACUCAGGAGUGGAGCUUUUUACCUGUAAGUAUCAUUUUUUUAAAGGACAUAUUUUGGCUCUCUGAUCAUGGUUAACUUAUCCCAAGCAUGUUUUUACAGAACAUUGCUCGGAAAAGGCGUUACGUGGCUACCGUGUCCCUCAAUGACCGCGUGUAUGUGAUUGGCGGAUACGAUGGUCGAUCGCGGCUUAGCUCGGUGGAGUGCUUGGACUACACGGCAGACGAGGAUGGUGUCUGGUACACCGUCGCCACUAUGAAUGUACGGCGUGGCCUUGCCGGGGCGACAACACUCGGAGGUAGAGGAUCUUCUCUGAUUGACAGCCCUCAUUGUCAUGGGGUUUACAAAAACAAAUAGCACUGAAGUGAGUUUGACUGUCCUCAGGUGUAACAAAACCCUGUAAGUGUUUUCUAAUGCAGACUUUCAAAAAGUUGUUGGAACAUUUCCUAACAUUUAUUUUCUCACUUUUCUGCCCACAGAUAUGAUCUAUGUUGCUGGAGGCUUUGACGGUAGCCGCCGUCACACCAGCAUGGAACGAUAUGACCCCAAUAUUGACCAGUGGAGCAUGCUGGGGGACAUGCAGACAGCCAGGGAAGGGGCUGGCCUGGUGGUGGCUAGUGGACUUAUAUACUGUCUAGGUGGGUAUUAAAUAUGUUUGAUUUAAGUUUGUAAUGGUGUUGGUAUAUAAAUAUUUAAAAUAACUCUGUUUUUUCCCCCCACUGACCUUAGUAAGGAUCUACACUGUAUGUGGACACCCCUUCAAAUUAGUGGAUUCAGCUAUUUCAGCCACACCUGUUGCUGACAGGUGUAUAAAAUCAAGCACACAGCCAUGCAAUCUCCAUAGACAAACAUUGGCAGUAGAAUGGCCUUACUGAAGAGCUCUGUGACUUUCAACGUGGCACCGUCCUAGGAUGCCACCUUUCUAACAAGUCAGUUUAUCACAUUUCUGCGCUGAUAGAGCUGCCCCGGUCAACUGUAAGUGCUGUUAUUGUGAGGUGGAAACAUCUAGGAGCAACAACGGCUCAGCCGUGAAGUGGUAGGCCACACAAGCUCACAGAACGGGACCACCGAGUGCUGAAGUGCGCAGUGCAGAAAAAUCGUCGGUCCUCAGUUAAAACACUCACUACCGAGUUCCAAAAUGCCUCUGGAAGCAACGUCAGCACAAUAACUGUUCGUCGGGAGCUUCAUGAAAUGGGUUUCCAUGGCCGAGCAGCCGCACACAAGCCUAAGAUCACCAAUGCGAAGUGUCGGCUGGAGUGUGUAAAGCUCGCCGCCAUUGGACUCUGGACCAGUGGAAACACGUUCUUUGGAAUGAUGAAUCACGCUUCACCAUCUGGCAGUCUGACAGACAAAUCUGGGUUUGGCGGAUGCCAGGAGAACGCUACCUGCCUGAAUGCAUAGUGCCAACUGUAAAGUUUGAUGGAGGAGGAAUCAUGGUCUGGGGCUGUUUUUCAUGGUUCAGGCUAGGCCCCUUAGUUCCAGUGAAGGGAAAUCUUAAAGCUACAGCAUACAAUGACAUUCUAGACAAUUCUGUGCUUCCAACUUUGUGGCAACAGUUUGGGGAAGGCCCUUUCCUGUUUCAGCAUGACAAUGCCCCCGUGCACAAAGAGAGGUCCAUACAGAAAUGGUUUGUUGAGAUCGGUGUGGAAGAACUUGACUAGCCUGCACAGAGCCCUGACCUCAACCCCAUCGAACACCUUUGGGAUGAAUUGGAACACCGACUGCGAGCCAGGCCUAAUCACCCAACAUCAGUGCCCGACCUCACUAAUGCUCUUGUGGCUGAAUGGAAGCAAGUCCCCACAGCAAUGUUCCAACAUCUAGUGGAAAGCCUUCCCAGAAGAGUGGAGGCUAUUAUAGCAGCAAAGGGGGACCACCUCCAUAUUAAUGCCCAUGAUUUUGGAAUGAGAUGUUUGACGAACAGGUGUCCACACACUUUUGGUCAUGUAGUGUAUGUCAUUUGUUGCAGGUGGGUACGACGGAUUGAAUAUCCUCAAUUCAGUGGAGCGGUAUGACCCUCACACAGGACACUGGACGAAUGUUACCCCCAUGGCCACCAAACGCUCAGGUCAGUACUCCAGAGUAUGACAAUAGAAUGGUAUCAGGGCUGUAUAGAUGAUAUACAGUAUGGCUCUCUCUACAUAUGGCUAUGGUUAGUAUGUCUGAAGGGCCUAUAAUCUUUGUUGCAGGGGCUGGUGUAGCCUUGCUCAACGACCACAUCUAUGUGGUGGGAGGCUUCGAUGGAACAGCGCACCUCGACUCAGUGGAGGUUUACAACAUUAGGACAGACUAUUGGACCACGGUAGCCAGUAUGACCACUCCCCGCUGCUACGUAGGAGCUACCGUCCUCCGGGGACGACUCUACGCCAUAGCUGGGUAAGCCUGAACAUCCCAACCCGGCUUUGUUUAUUUUUUACUUUUUUAAGGAGAGUGUAAAUUCACUUUCCUUUCGUAUGUUUAUUGCUUUUAAUGACAGACAGAUGAGAAACAAUGAGGGAGACAGGUGAAGAGGAGAUACAGAGUGAAGGGAGGACACAGGGAUUGAACCCCAGUCUCCAGCUAAGAGUUGUACAUAGAGCCAGGAGUGAUAUCACUCAACCACGGCUCUGCACCCGACUUCAGUAUUAGGAGAUAUAAAUGAAUUUUGGUUGGGAUCAUUAAUAUACAUAAUGUAUGACUCUUGAUUGAUUUAUAUUAUUCUUGCUUAGAUAACAUUGUAAUAUAUCUGAAUCAUGAAUGCAUUCUCCCCUUAUGGUCCAGUUUUCGAUUAUAAGGAUGCGAUUUAUGUCAUUGAACACAGCCAUAUGAUGUAUUGUUCAUCCUCCCCUGUACUCUUUUGCCCUCUCUCCAGGUAUGAUGGAAACUCCCUUCUGAGCAGUAUCGAGUGUUACGACCCAGUUAUUGACAGCUGGGAGGUGGUCACCUCCAUGGCCACACAGCGCUGCGAUGCAGGAGUGUGUGUCCUCCGAGAGAAGUGA